AAGUUUGGAGAAACAACAUUUCAUUUAGGCAAUUGCAAUUUCAUCCUUCCUGAAAAAAACCAAAUCAGCUGCCAGUGCAUCAGAAUGGCGAACACGGGAGUAUCAUGUGAUCCCUAUAUGCACCAUUUUCCUGUGGGCAGACCUCCAAUUCCUCGUAUUUAUACACAUGGUGCUUACUAUGGUCAACUUGAAAUUGGAGGCUCAAGUAGCAUCAGCAACUCCGAAACAGACUAUGAAAGGGCGUAUUUUAAAAGAAAAUCCUUCGCUCAUCCCGUGGUUCUUGAUGCAAGAAAUUCAAAUGAACAUCACAGUGCUAGAAGCUCAGACGGAGUUUCAAUUACAUCAGAUCAAUAUAUUCCAAACCCAAUUUUAGAGCCUCAUAACCAUAGUUCAAUUAGCAUGCUUUCCAAAUAUACGAGCAAUAGUCCCUCAACUAUUGGCGAAGGAUUGGGGUCUAAUCGAAAUGUUAGAAGCAGGCAUGGUCAGGCCUUUCAUCUUCAAAACAACUUGGUUAGCCCUCAUCCAUCAAGCAACCUGUCUCGUCAUUUUCCGCAAAAUACAAGCAUUUUAGGCCAUGCAGCCAUGUCGUCGGAUUCCGGUAGGAGAUUUUCUUCUUCAGGUUUUUUCCUUCAAGAAAUGAACCCGCCCAUUGAAAGCAGUGGAGUUGACAGCACUACGGAAACUGCUGAAGAAUUUUCCUAUUUUGUUUCGAGCCGGCAUAGAGAUGCUCUAGUGUCAACCCUUCUUGAUACUCCAAUGCAAGAUGACAUUAACUAUGGGCACAGACUAAAUGCUUACAGUUCUACUCCAAGAAAUACUACUAUAGAAGAUGUUAGGCAGUUUGGAAAUGAAGUUUUUCCUCAUUCAACACAUCAUAGACAAUCAUGGAUGCCUGCGCAAAGUAGUGAACGCUACGGACGAGCGAGAAGUUCUUAUGAUAGUUUAAGCUAUAGAAUGAACAUGCUUGCAAAUGAGGGGCAUACUCAUGGUAGAUGGAAUACUGAGAGCUUCUAUAACUUGGGCUCACAGAAUGCAAUGAUGAUUGAUAGCUCAGUGUUUAAUGACCCUCAUGCUAUGUUUGAUCAGCAUGGGAAUAUGAGAAUGGAUAUAGACAACAUGAGCUAUGAGGAACUGAUAGAUCUAGGUGAAAGAAUUGGAACUGUAAGCACUGGCCUCUCUGGAGCUGAUAUUGCGAGGUGUUUAACUAUUAUAAUAUACUCUUUCGACCGGAAUCAAGAUGCAGAGAAAGGGAGCUGUGUGAUUUGCCUAGAAGAAUACAAGGAUAGGCAGAGCAUUGGGAGACUUAAUUGCAGACAUGAUUUCCAUUCCAGAUGCAUCAAGAAAUGGCUUCUUAUUAAGAAUGCGUGUCCAGUCUGCAAAUCUGCUGCUUUAGGCGACAAAUUAAGGGGCAAACAGCUUCUGUUGUGAUUUUAGCAAAAUGCUUGGACUUUCUGUCAUAAUAAUCUCAUUCGUUUAAAUAAAGAUCAUUGGCAAAUUCAAAUAUUUAUAAUUUCCCAAAUGUAAGUGGUGUU